AUGUCGGCACCGGGUGGUGGUCGCAAAAAAGCUCUUCUCAAAGUAAUUAUACUAGGCGACUCGGGUGUUGGCAAAACAUCACUAAUGAAUCAGUAUGUAAACAAGAAAUUCAGUAAUCAGUAUAAAGCAACGAUUGGUGCUGAUUUCCUGACAAAGGAUAUAUCAGUUGGUGAUCGGACUGUUACUAUGCAGAUUUGGGACACAGCUGGACAAGAACGUUUUCAAUCGUUGGGUGUUGCUUUUUACAGAGGAGCGGACUGUUGUGUACUUACUUAUGAUAUCACUAAUGCCAGUUCUUUUCGAAGUCUUGAAUCAUGGAGAGACGAAUUUUUGAUUCAAGCAAGUCCACGUGAUCCGGAACAUUUCCCAUUUGUAUUACUGGGUAAUAAAAUUGAUCUAGAAGCUAGACGUGCCGUUAGUGCCAAAAGAGCGCAAGCAUGGUGUCAAACAAAAAAUAAUAUCAAAUAUUAUGAGGUAUCAGCUAAGGAAGCCGUAAACGUAGAGCAAGCAUUUAUUGAAAUUGCUCGUGAUGCUUUAAAGCGCGAGGCGCAGGAUGUGCAGGAUUUUCCGGAGUUUCCCGAUCAAAUUCGCUUGGAUCAUCGGGAAAUAGCCCAACCUAAUAGUGGCUGUAAUUGCUGA